CCCGAAGUUGGCAUCAAGAGUCUGAGGAGCUCCUUGGUCAUUCGCCGGAGUUCACUCCGCCGCCACGAGAACAGCGAUUGGCGCUAACGAUACCGUGGAAGUGGGAAGGAGAGCUUCUGGUCCCAUCGUAUACGUUUCUUCCUAACAUAGGAAAGGAGAGAUUCGGGUACAAAGAUCAAAUAUAGCCAAGACCCGUGCGGUAAAUCUUCCAUAGCAACUGGGCGGGUUCUCAUCGGGCAGUCAAUCUUGGUUAUAUACGACAAAAGAUUUCUUCUUCCGAGGCGUGCAAAUUGAGAUGGGGAUAUUCACGAAUAGCUUCUCAUUUUUAAUGGGAAUUGGCUGUGGAAUCUUUGUUGCUCAGAACUAUAAUGUCCCAAACAUAAAGAAGCUUUUCAAGGAAUGGUCUUCAGAAGCAAAACACAUUGAAGAAAGUUACAGAAAGCCAAAGAAAGAUGACAAAUAGUCAUUGAAUUUUUUACUUGUCUGUCACAUGAUUUUUUAAAGGUAAAUUAACUUAGGAUUCGUUUGGUACGGCUAUGUUGCUGCUUUUUAAAAUAGUUUUUUAUUUAAAAAAAUUAAAAAUUUUGUACUAGAAAGUUGCUUUAAGAAGCAGUAAGAAAGUCGUCCAAAACGAAACCUUAGGGUUCGAGUAAAAAACUGAAUGCAAAAAUUAUUAUGAAAUUACUGUGAACAAAAUAAAAAUUUUUGCUAGUA